GCGGGGGCGCGCACAUGCGCACAGACUCGGUCUCGACUUAACAGGAGCGAGAGGGGCGCGUCAAUAUACACACCGCCGAGCCGAGCAGAGCAGCGCUUUGGGUAUAGUAGAAGGUGCUGAAGAGUGAGAGUAAUCUGGGGCAGGCGCAGAAACACUCCACACGCCUAGCUGAGGUUUUUGGCGGCGCGGAUAUAUAUUUAUAUAUAGCCUAUAUAUUUUUGUUUGGGAGGGGGUUGGCGAUCUUUUAAAACCAUGCUGGAUUGACUUAGAGAAAGCAGCUGUAAUCAAUGGCGUGGCUUUGAAAUCGUUGAAAAAUUAUUGGGAAAGGAGUGCGAGACAGAGCGACAGUGGGGAGAGGGAGAGAGCGGCGAGAGAGAGGGUUGGAAAUAAAGAUUCCUUUCAGCGAUGGAGCUUACAAUGGAGAACAUCGGAAAUCUGCACGGCGUGUCUCACUCUCAUCAGACAAGCGACUUAAUGAACUCCCCGCACGCGCGUCAGUCAACAGCGUCGCAUCGGAACUUGGUGUCGCACGGGCGCUCAGCCAUGGUGUCCAGCAUGGCCUCGAUACUGGAGGGAGCCGGGGACUACCGCACAGACCACGCUCUCUCCGGGCCCCUGCACCCGGCCAUGACCAUGUCCUGCGACUCAGGAAUGAGCCUCAGCAGCACCUACACCACACUGACGCCGCUGCAGCACCUGCCCCCCAUAUCCACCGUAUCGGAGAAAUUUCACCAUCCUCAUCCUCAUGCUCACCAUCAUCCGGCGCACCAGAGGCUCGCUGCUGGGAAUGUCAGCGGCAGCUUCACCCUAAUGAGAGAUGACCGCAGCCUCGCCUCUAUGAGUAACCUCUAUGGCCACUACCCCAAAGACAUGUCCGGAAUGGGGCAGCCCCUGUCCCCGCUCUCUAAUGGCCUUGGUUCUCUACACGGGUCGCAGCAGACCCUGAGCGCCUAUGGUCCUGGAGCUCACCUGUCUAACGACAAGAUGCUUUCGUCAGGGGGGUUCGAGUCCCACGCAGCCAUGCUGUCCCGGGGCGAGGAUCACCUGGCUCGAGGUCUCGGGGGCCACGGGGCCGGGCUCAUGACAUCCUUGAACGGCAUCCACCAUCACAGCCAUCCUCACACUCAGGCAAACGGAUCGAUGCUGUCGGACCGGGACAGGCAGACGGUCGUAGGUGGAGGGCAGGGAGCCGGGUCGGGACAGGUGGAGGAGAUAAACACCAAGGAAGUGGCGCAACGGAUAACGGCGGAGCUCAAGCGCUACAGCAUUCCGCAGGCUAUCUUCGCGCAGAGGAUCUUGUGCCGGUCCCAGGGAACUCUGUCCGACCUACUGCGGAACCCUAAACCGUGGAGUAAACUCAAAUCCGGCCGAGAGACGUUCAGGAGGAUGUGGAAGUGGCUGCAGGAGCCUGAGUUUCAGCGGAUGUCAGCGCUCAGGCUUGCAGCCUGCAAGCGCAAAGAACAGGAGCAACACAAGGACCGCAACACAGCGCCUAAAAAACAGCGUCUAGUCUUCACGGACCUGCAGCGUCGCACACUCAUCGCCAUCUUUAAGGAAAACAAACGCCCGUCCAAGGAAAUGCAGAUCACCAUCUCCCAGCAGCUUGGCCUGGAACUCAGCACCGUCAGCAACUUCUUCAUGAAUGCUCGCCGCCGGUGCGUGGAUCGCUGGCACGACGACCAUGGGGCCAGCCCCGGGCAGCCGGGAACCUCCACCACCACUUUCUCCAAGGCCUGAGAGAUGAAGGAGGAGGCCUUCAAGAGUGCUGGGUAGCCAGGUUUGGAGCAGCAGGCGUCACAAGGAGGUGGCUGUGAAACCUGUCUCUGAUGACCCUACCUGGCCUGGACUGCCUGAAAAAAAAAACCUUCGUGCCAUGCAAUCAUCAUUCUUGUCAGUCAAAAUCUCAAACUCUCACUUGAAAGAAGUAGAAUUUAAGAGGUGAGGUGUGAAGUCAGGUUCACUCUGCUUUACUCACACAAGGACAAUCAUUGAUUUAGUCUUUUUUGUGUUUUGUUUUUAAAAAUCUUUUUAAAAACAUCUGACAAAGCAAAGAGACACCAAAGAUUUGAUCAUUUUCUUGGACGGUUUUUACAUUUUGCCAGCCUCCUCCUUAGCCACCCUACCAACAACCCUUAACUCACCUCCUUUGUGUCUGCCUCCUUUGUCAUGUCCUCUCUAUGGAAGCAACAAGGGCAAAAGAGCGGCAAUAAAUCUGACGAGACAACAGCACAUAGCCUUAUUAUCAGUGCCCCAUCCUGCACAUUCACACAUGUAGAGAGAGGGAAGGCGUCGUCAAGAAAAUUGUGCAGCUUGUGAAAAAACAAGAAGGUUUUUGAAUUUGCUGCCUCCACCUCCACUCCCUUUUCCCCCUGUAGUCUCCUUCAUUUAUCAGCCAAAGGUAUUCCCUGAUGACCAGCCAUUUCAGAGAGCAGCUCAGGCUGAUCAUACAGCAAACUAAUGAAUUGAAAAAUGAAUCGAUGCAGAUGGAGAAAGUGGCUCCUUGACCCCCACCCCCCCUUUCUGCCUUGUGAAGGUGAAAUUCAAGAUUCUCAGCAGGAGAUCUCAACCUCUUCCAGGCCCAGGUUAUAUUUUUGCACAGAUGUCAAAGGGCCUGCAGGGAGAGAUGUCAUUGUUACUCCUAGCCUGAGCCCACAGAGUCUGAGUUUCCCUGACCAAAUGGAGGGGCCGGCAAGAUGUCUGGACAUGCUCUUUGUUCUGCUGGGAGCCUGAAUCAAUAGCUGGGAACCGAACGAUGACAACAACACGCUCGGGCAUCCAGCCAAACUACAUUACAGCUGCGUAUAAAAAAAAAAAAGCAGAGGAGCACACAGAAGACAACACAAAGGCCUCCACAGCAGCAAGCAACAAACCAACAGCACACCACUCUGUCCUGGUCCUGUCCACACUGGCAGAGCAACAGUGCCCCCUGCUGUUGUCAAUAGAGACCUGUAAACAGCAGAAUAAAAUACAAAAAAAGGGAGGGGGUGUUGGGAUAGGUGGGAGAUUUCAAAAAUGCUGCACUAGAUGCUGAGGAGAAGUCACGGCACAACACAUUCAGGGCCUCACAGCUCUUUGAAGGGGGAUCAAUACUUUACCAUUAUCCUAUUGUUGUUCCUCAUCCAACCAGCGCUGGAGGAGGGGGGUGGUUGAGACGAAUGAUGAAAAUAACGCAGGGAUUUAGCAAAGGCAGGGAAUUACUGUAUGUAGGCAGGAAUUAACAAAUCAAAAAAUACUACUGAAAAAGCAGAGAGAAGUGCAUCAGGGGGAAACAGAAAGGCGAGACAGACUCAGUGGAGGUUUAAAUUUAAGCGUUUCUUGUUUGGAGGCUUUAUAUUUUGCAUUCAUUUUUUUCGGUCUGCAAAAAAACUCUGAAAAUAAUAAUUUAUUGCAAACCUUACGGUUAUGGAACAGUAGCUAACCCAAAGCAAAACCAACACACCCACAGCAACAAACAGUGCCAAUGCUUACUGCCUUAAUGUGAGAAUACGGUACUAAGGUCCACACACUCCACAGUGCACCUCACUGAUGACAGGCAGUGUGUGCCAUAGCAACAAUCAGCAUUCAACUUAAUUCAAAUAUACUUGUUUUUUAGUAAAAGAAAAUAGAAAAAAAAAGAACCUGAAACAACUAAAGCAGGAAAAAAAAUGAUUCAAACACAAAACUGGACAAAUUUUCACACAAAAUCUUUGGUUCUCUACCUCCUUUUUCGCCCUUCCAAUCUAACCCCAUUGGCCCUCGCCCUUUCUCUCUCCCUCCCUAUAUUGAUGCGGGUAUUUAAUUAGUACCAUAGACACAAAGUUUCUAUUUCUUGUUACUAUUGUGCUCUGUUGUGCAUAUGGAAGGCACCUUGUUGAUAAUUAAAAAAAACAAAACAAAGAACCAAAAAAGGAAGGACUUCUUCAAUGGAAAAAAAGGGGGACACAAGGACUUGGUCUGCUGAAGGAUAUAUUUUUUUGCAGACUUAAAGGAGACAUUUCCAGGAAGAAGAGGACAAGAGAGAAAACAGGGAGCUGCAGGAAAGAAAAAGAAGAAAUGAUGGACGCUUCAUCCUUUCUGGCGUUUCAUGUCAGGACUGUGCUUCUCUCUAGAAGAGGGACAUAAUUUGACCUCAGAACGUCCUGGCUUACUUGGUUUCCUCUGUCAGAGGAGGACGGCUUUGAGGUUUUAAUAGUCAUCUGUGUGGUCUUAAGAUGCAACUGUAGCAUUUCCAACAAUGUAGUCAGAUUAGCGGUGCAGAUUAGACAACAAAUGGUCACUACAGAGAAGUUGAUGGAGGGGCACUGACUAAUGUCAUACUGCUGUAAGCAGUGAGUCAACGUCGCCAAAGGAAGAUGAGCUAAAAUCGACUAGUACAAUUAAGUAAGCAUAGGUAGAUAGAUAGACUCAGCUCUCUAGUUAUGAAGCUGACAAAAUGACAUUUGUUUGUAGUGAGAACCAGUGUGGCUACCUCACUAAGCUGAGUGGUUUGUGAAACCGCCACUAAUACCAAAGAUACUGCAGCCUACCAGUCGCAAACUGCCUAGGGGGACCCAACCCAAAUUAUUAAACAACACAAACACUCCCCCCCUCCUUUAUUCUCCUCAAAAUUUCUCAUACUGAUUAAUAUCAAAGACGCACAUUACAUUUGUUUCAGACAGUGCAGUCAGACUGCAUCGUGCCACUUAGGAGGAGGUGGUUGCCUUGCAGAAAGAGUUGAGUGCCUUUUCCCUUCAACCACGGGUGGGACUGCACUGGUCACACACAUACACACACACAUAAAACAUGUGCAGUCACAAAGAUGCAUGCACGCAUUCUCACAAACAUGCACUCACACAGACAAUGCACCCAUAAUUGGAUUGACAGAGGCGAGGGGUGGGGGGGGGUACAAAGAGAGGGACACAGAAUGGGGGCUGUGUCAGCAUUUUCUCUCAUAUUGACUUUCCAUCUUGAUACACUAGAAUACAAGCACUUUAUCACGUAGAAAGUCUAUAAAACAUUUUCUCUACACCAUUUAUUUCAAACAAACCUAUGUGUUACUCCUAAAUCUUUCAGUCUUUGUAACUGUAUUGUUAAUCAUCUCGCCAGGCUUUCUUAAUUUGUUUUUCCUUUCCUUUGCCUGACGUGCUUUCACUCUCAGCUGUUUUUGGCUUUCUCACAUCAGAGAUAUUUUUGUGUAACAGAGAAAGAGGAAGCAUAAAAAAGGCUGUUGGGUUUAAGCACUCGGAGCAUCUGCUAUUUUAAAAAGAAAAACAAGUCCAUUGCGUGCAAGCACAGAGGCUGCACUAAAAAAGUGUGGAAGACUCAAACUCUCCUCCCUCCACCUCUCCUGCCCAGACAAUAUUUCCCCCUGGCUAGUGCCAAGACUUGGUAGGCUUGUGUUUGACAAUUAAUUCUGAAAUACCUCAAAAACCUUUCAUGUAAACUUUAUGUAAUUUAAAACUGAAAAUAAUACUGCUAAUGAUAACGAUGAUUAUGAAACUAUGAUACUUAUGAUAGUUAGUUUUGGAACUUGUGACUUGAAGCUUUAUACUGUUAAAAAUUCCUUUUAUCCGUUUGCUUAUUUUUCUUGUACGUUCCCUCGGUUUGUUUUUUGCUACGGCAUGUACUUACUGUUUUCUUAAAAGGAAAAGACAUUGUGAAUGUUUCUGUGGAGGACAAGCUGAGAAAAAGAAAAGACAAAGGCUAAGGCCAGGAUAGAGAGAGAAAGAGGGUUAUUUACUAAAAAGGGCUUGCAAUUGUAUUCACACCCCUCAAAAUGUUCACAUGGGACAUUGCAACCACAAACUUCAAUGCAGUUAAAGUGGAAGCUUAUGUCAUAGAGAAAAACUUCUUCUGAAUCAAUAGUUCUUAUUCUUCACUCCUUUGUAGGCUGAACAUUUCCCUCAUUAAUCUUUACAAACUAACGUUCUGUUAGCUUGAAUUAAGAUUGUCCAUGGAAACCAGUCACAUUUGGCCACAGAUUCUUAGUUUUGUCAAGAUCUUGACUAUGGCCAGGCCAUUCUUGCAUAUAAUUAUAGUUUAACCCAAAGUUUUGCAUAACAGCGCUAGCUUCAUAUUAAGGUGUUUACAUGGAGGAAGGCAAACCUCUCCAUCAGUCUAACAUAUUCUGCAGCCCUAUAAUGUUUUUUUUUCAAGGAGUGUCAAAAGGUUCAGCUUUUUUUAUUAAUCCUCUGUUUGCCUGGAUUAUCAGUUAAUUCAAAGGCUAUGUCAUGGCAGGUCAGCAACAGCGGUAUAUUUUUUUCAAAUUUUUUUUAGACGAUGGAUUGAAAAAAAAAAGUUCUGUUCCAUUGAUUUAUAAUGUAAUCUUCCUUCAAGUUAGAAUAUCCAAGACCAAUCUGUUGUGUUCCUUGAAUUUUUUAGGAAGCAGCGGAAGCAGUUUACUUAUGUUUCUAACAAACCUUUUGCAGCCUUCAAAUAAUAACUGAUUUUAUGCACAAAAAAAUAAAAAAUAAUAAUAAUAUAUAUAGACAAUAUUUAACUGUGGUACUUGGACUUUAUUUAGGGUUGUUGGAAAAAAUGGGGCUGAAUACAUCCACUAAAUUUUUAAGAUCUUAUUGUAAUAUUACUUCUCAGUCAUGUGCUACAUAUAAUAACAUAAAAUCCCAACAAAACACAUUAAGGUCUGGGGUUGUAUGUGGCAAAAUGUGAAUAAAUCCAAGAGGUGUGAAUACUUUUGCAGGGAACUAGUUUUAAGCUCUCUCACAGGAAGCUACAUUCAAAGAAAACAAAAUAAACAAAAAAACACACAAUUUGAACUAAAUCAUAACCCAAAAUUUGAUGUGAUAAACCAAAGGAGGAAUAACCUUGCAUUCAUUGUUAGCUUUCUUCUGCCUUUUAGUUGUCUUUUCUCUGAGGAAAAAAAGAAAUACAUAAAAAAA